AUGUUGACGAUGAGCAUAUCAUCUGAGAUUGAAAAACCAUCAAAAAGCUACCCAUUAGCAUUCUCACAACCUGGUUUACCACCAUCAACUAUGGUCCAAGUGCAUAUUCAGCCUGACCUAGAAGGCUUGAAGAACUAUGUUCAAGAAAACGAUGAAUCCGUCAACAUGUAUCCAAUUUUCUGCUAUCUUCCAGCGAUGGAUCUAACACCACACAUGGCAUACCUGAAGCUUGCUCAGAUCAGUGAACCUAACCGUAAAAAGUCUUUCCUCUUGGAAAGCGCAACAUCGGAUAAUACAUUGGGAAGAUAUUCUUUUCUAGGAACUGGUCCACGCAAGAUUAUCAAGACUGGACCAACCGAAAACUUGGAAGUGGAUCCGCUUCUCGAACUUGAAAAGGAGCUCAGUACUUGCAAACUGGCGGAAAAUGUUCCUGGUCUACCAAAAUUGAGCGGAGGUGCCAUUGGAUACGUAUCCUACGACUGUGUCAAGUAUUUUGAGCCCAAAACCAAACGUCCUCUCAAAGACGUUCUGGGUCUACCUGAAUCUUGCUUGAUGUUCUUCGACACCAUUGUUGCGUUUGACCAUGUUUAUCAAAGAUUCCAAAUCAUCCAUAACAUCAACCUAAAGUCUGUCGAAUCGUUAGAAAAGGGCUAUGAAGAAGCUGAGAAAAUCAUCAAGGAAGUCGUCCGUGUCUUGGAAGACCCCACAGUCUCUGAUAACGUUGUUCAAAGCAAGAUUAAGCUGAACCAAACAUUUACUUCCAACAUCGGCGAAGACGGGUACAAGAAUCAUGUGGCCGAGCUGAAGCGUAACAUCAAGCUCGGUAACGUUAUCCAAGCCGUUCCAUCACAACGCGUUGCCAGACCUACUUCUCUGCAUCCUUUCAACAUAUACAAACAGCUCAGAAUGGUCAAUCCAUCGCCGUAUCUUUUUUACAUCGAUUUGUUGGACUUUCAAGUGAUUGGGGCCUCUCCAGAAUUACUAUGCCAAACCGAUGCACAGAAUAAGGUUGUGACCCAUCCAAUUGCGGGAACUGUAAAGCGUGGCUCCACGCCAGCUGAGGACGACAAAUUUGCCGACAUGCUCAGAAACUCCAUGAAAGACCGAGCGGAACAUGUCAUGUUAGUUGACCUCGCCAGGAAUGACGCUAAUCGUGUGUGUGAUCCACUCACCACCAAUGUUGACAAACUGCUCACUGUGCAGAAGUUCUCUCACGUCCAGCAUUUAGUGUCCCAGGUUUCUGGUACUUUGCGUAAGGACAAGACCAGAUUUGAUGCUUUGAGGUCUAUUUUCCCAGCAGGAACAGUUAGUGGUGCUCCCAAAGUAAAAGCCAUGGAGCUCAUCAGUGAGCUAGAGGGCGAAAAGAGAGGUGUUUACGCCGGUGCUGUUGGUCACUGGUCUUACGAUGGUAAAUCCAUGGAUACGUGCAUUGCUCUGAGAACCAUGGUAUACAAAGAUGGCGUGGCCUAUUUGCAAGCAGGUGGCGGUAUUGUUUUCGACUCUGAUGAGCAAGACGAGUAUGAAGAGACUCUCAACAAAAUGAUGGCUAACAACAGAACAAUUGUGCAAGCAGAAGAUUUCUGGGCAUCAAAGGUAGGUACUCAGGAAUAA